CUCGACUAUUCUGCGCAACAAUGAGGCCACGGCAUACACAACACCCUCUACCCUCCUUCCCAGUAUACUCCUGCACCUUUCUCUCAGACAAUAAAGUCGUCCUGGGAGGCGGUGGUGGCGCUACGAGAAGCGGAAUCAAGAACAAACUGAGACUGUAUGAAGUGACGGAUACCUUGGAGAUCCACCAAAAGACCGAGUUUGAACUGGAGAAGGGGGAGGAUGCACCUAUGAGCAUGGCCGUUCACGCCGAGAGCAACACAAUAGUCUGUGGCAUCAAUAGCACUGAAGAGAAGCUAGAGAAGGGCCUCAACGAGAAUUGUCGGAUAUACACCGUCAAUGACAGCAGUAUUUCACCCCUUCGGACUCAAAGCACCCUUCCCGGCGGAGACCUUGAAGACUAUCAAAAAGUGACUGUUCUCUCUCCGGAUGGUUCGGUACUGGCAGUUGCUGGUGCUCAUGAUCUAUCGCUCCUCUCAUACCCGUCUCUUCGUCCUGUUGCAAAUCCAAUUCACACCGAAAAAGAAAUAUACGACGUCGCAUUCGGGGCAAACUUGUUGAUUGUCGCAACGACGCAUAACCUCCUGGUGUAUGAACUCCCCUCGACGUCUCAACCAUCAAGUCCCACUGCCUCCAAAAAGAAGGGAAAGAACAAAACAUCCACUGUCAAUGGCGAAAAGCAAGCUCCAUCAUCGUUGACACUGAAGAAGACCGUAGACCUUCCUUCCUCGCUUGUCGGAGAGGGCGCAACAUUCCGAUCUAUCAGAAUCCACCCUUCCAACGACAAAGUCGCGUAUACCCUUAUUAACACAGUGCCGCCUCGGUCACGUUCCAAGAAGACAGCUAGCCGACAAGGGUACGCGGUCAAGUGGAACACAGACUCGUGGACGCCUGAAAAGUCGCGCAAGAUCGGAGACAAAGGGGUUACUUGCUUUGAUAUCAGCCCGAAUGGUCGGUUCCUUGGUUUUGGCUCUUCGGACCUGAGCAUCGGCAUGGUCGAUGCGACGACUUUGGCGUUCACGUUAGCCCUGUGCUACUAUCUUGAAAGCCCACGAGUUCCCUCCAACGGUCAUUAA